ACUAAAGCAGAGCAGCAUUGCCUUUUGAUUGAAAGAUCAUUCAUUCAAUCCAGUACUCUGUUCAGUUGCUCAUUCCAUUUUUGCCAGCUUUUGCCAUGGCGAAGACCAUGUGUUCUGGCAAACUACUUUCAUUUUCGAAGGACAAAUCUUAUCUCGUCGGAUCAAUUGUUUCUUUCCUAAUCCUUUGUGGUUUAUGGUCAGUUCUCGAUCAUUCUUGGUCCGGUGCUUCUGCUUCAGCCAUGGAGAAACCCAGAUACUCUGUUCUUGGCAAAGACGAACAGAGUAUUAAUCGAAGCAAAAAUCCGGACCCGCCGGAGAAGACAUUCUACGAUGACCCAAAACUCAGCUACACUUUCGGGUCGCCGCCAAAAGACUGGGACGAGAAGCGGCGAGUGUGGAUGAAGCUCCACCCGUCCAUCGCCGCUGGAGACGGCGGCAAGGUAGUGGUGGUGACAGGAUCGCAGCCGCAGCCGUGCGAAAGCCCCGUCGGGGACCACUUGCUUCUGAGACUGUUCAAGAACAAGGUAGACUACUGCCGAAUCCACGGCUGUGAGGUCUUCUACAACAACGCGUUCCUCCACCCCAAAAUGCCGUCCGUUUGGGCCAAGCUGCCGCCCGUCCGGGCGGCGAUGGUGGCGCACCCGGAGGCCGAAUGGGUCUGGUGGCUGGACUCCGACACCGUUGUCACAGACAUGGAGCUUCAGUUACCCCUGGAGAAGUACAGGAACCACAACUUGGUCAUCAAUGGAUGGGAAGACAUGGUCUACGAGAAGAAAAGCUGGUUCGGAUUGAACACCGGGAUUUUCCUGAUCAGAAACUGCCAAUGGUCGAUGGAUUUAAUCGAAGUUUGGUCGAGCUUCGGCCCGUUGAAUCCCGAUCAUGAAAAACUGGCGAAAACCAUCGUCCCAGAGGUCAAAGACAAGCUUUUCUCCAACUUAGACGAACAAUCGGCUCUGGUUUACUUACUGUCGAAGGAGAAAGAAAAAUGGGGAGACAAAGUUUACAUAGAGAACGGGUACAGUUUUUCUGGGUAUUGGCUGGAAAUUGUCGACCGGCUGGAGAGCAUCAGCCGGCGGUACGCGGAGUCGGAGAGGGCGGACGCCGGGCUGAGGCGGCGGCGGUCCGAGAAAGUGAGCGGGCUAUAUGCGGCACUGAGGGAGAGGUAUUUAAAGGGUACUCAUGACGGAAAAGGUGGGUGGCGGCGGCCGUUUAUCACCCACUUCACGGGGUGUCAGCCCUGCAGCGGGCAUUUCAGUCCGUCGUACACGGCGGAGUCUUGCCGGAGUGGAAUGGAGAGGGCUCUGAAUUUUGCGGACAACCAGGUUCUUCGGAAUUAUGGGUUUUUUCGUCCAGACUUGCUGAAUUCUUCGUUCGUGUCGCCGCUGCAGUUUGAUUCUCCGUGACGGACGAUCUUCCCGCCGGAUGUCGAAGGAGAAUAUCUACUGGUUUUUUUUUUUUUAUUUCCUUUCCUU